GAAGCUGCUCAGACCUGAGCAUCGAGGAGAAGAGAAGGGCGUGAGAGGAGGAAAGAGAGAGCUAAGAAGCAGAGAGCAUGUUCCUUGUGAAAAGUGGAAGAGAUUGAAUUGAAGGAGGCUGGCAGAGGAAGAAAUUAGCUCCAAGAAGUGAAGCAGAGACGUUGCCUUGUCCUAAAAAAGCCAUCGACUUCGACGCUAGCUGCUCGCGCGUCUCGUGUGCUCUUUCCGACGGGAAACAUCCGCAUCGAAUUUCUUAUUACACCGAGCUCAGCUUACAGUGCCGUUUCGCCAUUGCUUCCAUAAUUGGCCGCAGCACUACCUUUCUCCGUAUUGCCCAAGACUUUUGCAGGUAUUAUUAAAGUCCAACUAUCAUUUCUCACCUUCAUUUUAUCUUCUUCGCAAUAGUACUGAAUGUCCUUUAAUUGCUGGAAACUCAGUCCUGGCGAAAAUGUUGUGUUCAAGGCUAAUUAAGAGAACCCAUCUCUCGCUGUAUCUUAAGAAUUUGCAGCAAUUGUCCUCUGAAUCAAGGUGCCUUUUUAUUGUUACAGAAGGGUCAAGCAAGACGUUCACUGAUUCUAUUAAUGGAUUCCAGCGGAAUUUAUCUGGAAAUAUAUGGCUCUCAAAUUUUAAGAGGCAACUUAGUACAAAGUCUCUAUAUCAGAUUUAUGGUUCUUCAGCUUUUGCUGCAAAGAAUGGUGGCAGGUCAUGUGCUUUGCCUCAUUUUCGACAGUUCUCUUCCUCCCAUUUGUCCAGAGAACAGAAAUCACGAAAGAUGCUCAUAUACUUAAGUGCUUUGGUUGUUGCAAUGGUUGGAAGUAGUUAUGCUGCUGUCCCCUUAUACAGGAGAUUUUGUCAAGCAACUGGCUAUGGAGGCACUAUUCAGCGGCGUGAGACUGUUGAAGAGAAAAUUGCUCGACAUGAUAGGGAUAAUACAGUUGCUACAAGGGAAAUUGUGGUGCAGUUCAAUGCUGAUGUUGCUGAUGGUAUGCCAUGGAAGUUUACUCCUACCCAGAGAGAGGUUAGGGUCAAGCCUGGAGAAAGUGCCCUUGCAUUUUAUACUGCUGAAAACAAAAGCUCGACUCCAAUUGUUGGUGUUUCUACAUAUAAUGUUACUCCUAUGAAGGCUGCGGUUUACUUCAAUAAAAUACAGUGUUUUUGCUUUGAGGAGCAGCGGCUACUUCCUGGCGAGCAGAUUGACAUGCCUGUAUUCUUUUACAUUGACCCAGAGUUUGAGUCGGAUCGUAGGAUGGAUGGUAUCAACAAUAUCAUAUUAUCCUAUACUUUCUUCAAGGUCUCAGAAGAAUAAGACCAACUCAAAGAUUGUUGCAUGAAAUUAUAGUAGCAGUGGCUCAAGGUCAAAGGUCAAACGAUUCUUAGGACAUUUAUAACCAUCAAAUUGUGGAAGCCUUGUCCUUUUUUUUUUUUUUUCAUACCUAUUUUUCAACUUUAGCUUCAAUAAUAACAAAACAUGCUUAGAGCUUGGCCUACAGUACCUAUACGCUGUGAAAGAAAAGAAGAGUGAAAUGUUUUUAGCCAAAAGAAGAAGAAGAAGCAGCUAUUCAUCCUUGGAGCUGGCAGCUAUCAAGUCCUAAUUUUCCCCCUUGCAGAUUACAGCCAUGCAAUUGGUUUUUUUUUUUUUUUUUGGGUCCAAUCAGGUUUUUCUCAAACCUUCUGCUCAUACGCUGGUUGACAAGUUGUUAUUUAAUGGCUACUUGAUUGUUUUACGUGACCCAGACGAUUGACAAAUUCAUAUUUGUGAGUUGUGACUUUACAUUAAUGAUGGGUAAACUUUUUUCGUUGGCUUGCUGGGCACUUUGACAGAGACGAUUGUUCUGUUGUUUCGGACAUGUAUAGAGGAUUUGAACUUUGAAAGA